AUGGACAAGACAAUCUGGCGCAGAGCUAUAAAGAUCAGUGCUACCAGCCGUCCAAGGACCACACGGUCUGUAUUUAUCAAUGGACAGCAACUUACUCGACAGGCAAGUUCAGCUCCAUCGAUAAUACAACCUGCGUUUUGGAAGAGCAUGAUACCAAAGCCAUUUCGACGACGCCCGGAACCGACCGUGGAUUGGGGCACGCCGAAAAAGCCCAAGUCGAAGGAAUGGAACCCGGCGACUUUCUACAUCAUAAUAUUUCUCUUCAUCGGGUCUAUGUCCAUCCAGAUGAUUGCCUUGAAGAAGGAAUUUGACACAUUUGUAAGACGGGCUGAAGUUCGUAUCGGUUUGCUGCGCGAGGUUGUAGAAAAGUUACAGAGAGGCGAAGAGGUGGACGUUGAGAAGGCGCUAGGCACCGGCGACGCGGAAGAGGAGAAAGAAUGGGAAGAGGUACUGAGGGAGAUCGAGCGCGACGAUAUUCUUAAGAAGACGAAUAAGGCCGAAAAGACGAAACCAGCAGCGCCUCUUCCUACUCCUGUCAAGACAGAAGCUACAAGCACGGACAGUGCGGCACCACCGAAGAAGAAAACCGGAAGUUAUUCGAGCUUUUUCUAA